AUAUCCGGCUGUGAGUUAGCAUAUAUUAUUAAUAUGAUGGACAUUCAUUAACGAUAAAUCAAAUGACUUCAGAAAGUAUAUCUAUCUUGAUUAUUAUGAUAUAACUAGGUCUAUAGGCUACUGAAUUUAUUGAUGUACAUAUUUUUCAAUGACUACUCCUUACGUCAUGUUGAAGGUUUAAAAUGGCCGAUCAAACCAUGGAAGAUUACAAAAAAAUGAAAGUUCCUGAACUCAAACAAGUGUUGAAAGAAAGAGGAUUGUCCAUAACUGGUACAAAAGCAGAGCUUCUCAAACGUCUUGAAGAAGCAUUGGGUGCAGCAGUUGAAGGAUCAGAUGGUGGACUUGAUGAUAGUAUUCAUAGCAUUGAUAACAUAUUAAAUGAUGACAGCAUCACACUGGCGACAAAACCUGAGGAUAAGCCUGAUCCCCAACCAGCAGUCACUCCACAGAAAGUAGAAGUAACUGCAUCAAAUGGUGUUAAGAACUUGGCAGAUACAACAAAACAAAAUACACCAGAUACUACACAGACAGCUAAACCAGCAGAAAUGGCUAAACUUUCAGAAGAAGAGAGACUGAAACUCAGAGCGAAAAAGUUUGGUGCAGAAUCUUUAGAGGCAAAAAAAGAGUUGAGGGCUCAAAGGUUUGGUUUACCUGCAAGUGCCAACAAGUCUCCUACAGCAGCUCUAGCCAGCCCAACUGGAGAGGACAUUGAUGUUUUAAAAAAAAGAGCAGAUAGGUUUGGUGCAGUGGUGUCAUCAUCAUUAACCAAGGCUGAUGAAGAAGAAAGAAAAAGAAAAAGAGCUGAAAGAUUUGGAACUCCCACUGCUGCUUCUGCUACACCUUCUACUACUUCUAGCCUGAAAGUCAGUACAGUCACUUCAACAGAUUCAGACAUAGAGGCCAAGAAGAAAAAGAGGGCAGAACGAUUUGGACUAGCUACAUAAUGUUACUGGGCAGCUUACAAAUCUAUGUGCGUUCAUCAUAUUGACCUUUUCUUCAUUAAUUUAAAUAUUCACUUAGGAUCUUCAAUUAUUUUAAACUGUUGUAAAUUGUUUUAGUUUCCACUGCCAUGUAUGGUUCUUCAUCUUUAAAAUUAAUGACUGUUUUAAGAUUUGAAAAAUGUUAAGGUAAAAUUUUUAAUGUCACAAGAACAAAUAAACAUACUUGUAUGGAGCCAUUUUUUACGUUGUAUUUUUAAAAUAAGUGUAGUAUGGGUUUCCAAACACAGACAUUAUAAAAUGUAUUUAU